AUGGCAGCAAGUAAUAUUUAUUCUUCAAAACCAUUGGUAGUGUCAAUAAAUAAUAAUUCUGGCAAUAAUGUAAAUAAAACAACAAAUAUUGACGAUGAUUUUGAUUGUAUCAAAGUCGAAAUUUCGGAUCUUGAUAAUAAUUGUCCAAAUCCAACAACAUUAAGUUUAAUGCGAUGUAAAACACAAAUACUUCAUCCAUUUCGAAAAAUACUUUGUUUGAUUGGUUGGAGACCAUUCGGUGUUGAUAGUUUGCAACGUUCAUCAAUUUUCUUUCGUAUUGUCAAUAUUAUUUAUCCAAUUCUUAUAUUAAUAUUACUUCUGUUUAAUUAUACUUAUGAAAUUAUUAUUUGUCAAGGAAAACUUAAUGUUAGAACAGAUACACAAACAACAACAACAACGACUACUACAAUGACAACAAGCCUUCUAACAACGAGUUCAAUUAAAAAUCAAUCAGCAGGAACUUGGGCAACAUUAAAACCUGGAAUAACUAUUCCACAUACAACAAAUGCAAAUAUGUCUUUGAUACACACGCAUGUCAACUGUGGUCAUAUAUUUACUACUUAUAUAUUACCUGAUAUAUUUCAUUUUGCUGCUUUUAUCAUUGGUUUCAUUCAUUUUCGUGUUACUGAAGGUGAACCUAUGUAUUCUCUAAUGGAAAAAGUUUUUAUUUAUGCUGAUCAAAAUGUGCGUCUAUCUGGUACAAAUCGAGCUAUUCGACGAUUAAAAUUAUUUUUAUUGAUUGGAUGUAUAUGGGUGAUUGUAUCUGUAGCUACACAUGCACUUUCAAAUGCUAUGAAUGAUUUUGCUCAUACACUCAUUUUUCGUGAAACAGCAUAUCAUGUUGUAAAAGAAAGACCUAUAAGAUAUAUACUUUUUACAAUUGAUAUUAUUUGUCUUCUUAUUUCGAAUUGUAUUCAUAUGGCUGUUGCUAUGAAUUAUGUGUGUCAUUGUGAAAUGAUACUUUUUUAUUCCAAAGCAAUUCGAAUACGUUUAGAAGAAAAGUCAAUACAUCUUCUCGAAGCUAUGAAACGUAUUCUUGAUCUUGGUACAUCAAUUAGUCAAUUAAAUAGUGCUGCAUCACGAAUGAUGUCAAUAUUGAUUAUUUUCUUUCUUGAACGCACUAUACUUGGUUUUAUCUUAUUGGUCCUUAAUCGUAUAUUUCAAGUUAAUAUGUGGAUAUAUCGAUCUUUGUAUACAGUGCUCUGGUUUUCCAUUCUUGCUUUUUGUCUUGGACAAGCAGCUCGAGUAACAUCUAAAUGUGAUAAAUUUUAUCGUAUUAGCCUUUCAAUGCGCGUCUAUGGAUAUCAUAAUGCUACGUCUAAUGAACUUGAUGGUUUUCUACUUUUUCUUUCCAAAGCUGAAUUACGUGUGAAAUUAUUUGGAUUAACUAUUCGACCGGGUAAACUUAUAUUUAUUGGCAUCACAUUUUUUCUUAUAUUUAUUGUUCUUUUUCAAACGAGUAUUAUUUCGAGUGCAAAUUUUUUCUUGUAA